AUGAGUAUGAUGAGUGUUUCAGGAUCUCCACGAAAAUCGUUCAAUAGUGGAGGUAGCCUUCAUGUUUCAGAUUUAGGAUCAACUGCUUCAUCUCCUCGUUUGGCAAUGAAAAAUUUUGAAAGAUCAACAAACGAUGAAGAAUUUGUUCAAACAUGCGCCCAACAAAGCCGCAAUAUUCAAAAUGUUAGAAAGGAUAUUCAGGUUUUAAUGACAAAAGCAUCUGGCUAUUGUAAGAAUACAGGAUUAUCAUCUGAUUCAGCCGAACUUCCUUCGACCCCACCAAGAUAUUCUGGUAAAACAAAGUUCUCAGUACAAUCAUCUCCAUACUCUCCACGAAAUCAAAAUGGUUCCGGUUUCUUCAAUUCUUCAUUGUUAUAG